AUGGCAGAACCUCUUUCUGUUGACCCAACAGAGGUCUGGGCCGGCGUGGAUGGAAGCUGGUCGACAUUCAUCAUCAGUGUAGGGACUCCUGCACAAUACUUCAGUGUUCUGCCAUCCACAGCGAACCAGCAGACCUGGGUGCCAAUACCGGAAGGAUGUGCGAGCACUCGGGUUGGGAAUCUCAGUAAUUGCGGAGACAGCCGAGGAGUCUGGCCGUUCGAGAACCAGGUCAGCGAUGGCUUCCAGACAGAUCAGUCGUCUACGUGGAAGGACAUCGGUAUUUACACGCUUUUCAUCGAGGAGCACCUGGGCAUAGACGGGAAUGGGUUGUUCGGCUAUGAUUCCGUUGGCCUGGGCGCAUCAGGCAACGCCACAGAAAACCAAGUUGUCGGGGGUAUUGCUACGCCGAACUACUGGCUUGGACUUCUCGGACUUGGGGCGAACUAUACCAACUUUUCUGAUGACGAGCAACCAACAUCCUUGUUGCGGACACUGAAAGAUUCGGAAAAAAUACCGAGUCUAUCGUACGGCUAUACGGCCGGAGCACCUUAUAGAUACUCCAAGGUUGUUGGCAGCUUGACACUCGGCGGUUAUGACUCGUCUCGAUUUACCGACACAUCGAUCUCGUUUCCAUUCGGGUCCGAUUCAGAACGUCCGUUAGUUGUUGGACUGCAGUCAGCGAUUGGGACUAAUACCCCCAACGGGACGAUCGCUUUCUCAGGUGUUAACGGCGGAAUACUUGCUGUCAUUGACUCGACCGUUCCAGACAUGUGGCUGCCUGAAGCGUGGUGCGACGUCUUCGAGGAGACAUUCGGACUUCGCUACGUUGAAGAGACGGGCCGAUAUCUGGUCGAUGACGAACAUCACACAGAACUACAGAGGCUCGAGCCCAGGCUCACCUUCACGCUCGGCGCUAGCACAAGUGGUGGCACUAUCACCAGAUUCGAGUUUCCAUAUGCCGCCUUCGAUCUCGAAGGGCAGUACCCUGUGUUUCCAAAUGCUACGCGGUAUUUCCCCAUCAGGAGGGCCGCGAAUGACUCGCAGUACACGAUCGGUCGAGUGUUCCUCCAGGAGACAUACUUGACGGUGGACAGUGAACGGGGCAUCUUCAACAUAUCCCAAGCCAAAUUUUCAAACCCAAUGCCUUCCUCCGACCUAGUGGCAAUCCUCUCGACAGACGACACAAACUCGACGGCAGGCGGGAAUUCUACGACGGGAUUAGGUUCUCAGGUCGCUGAAGAUGGACUUAGCGGGGGCGCGAUCGCCGGAAUAGUGGUGGGCGCUGUGGGCGCGCUAUCAAUCCUGGCUGGGGUUCUUUUUUGGUGGUUCCGACGACGCCGCAACCAGCGUCGCGAGUGGCCAGAUGCAGAGCCUGCCGAACAGAGUGCCGAGGACGCGCCACCACCGCAUUACGGAGGCGAACUGAUCGGAAGUGCUGCCAACGUCCCCGAGUUAUCUGAUGGGAAGGCAAGGGCGGAGAUGGCGACACCAAACUCGAGGCAUGAGGCGAUGAGUGCCACGCCUCUUUCGGGGGCAGGAGGCAGGGAGAAAUACGAGGCGGAAGGAAGCACUCCCUUGUCUGAAGCGGAUGGGGCGCAGAGAUUCAAGGCCGAGGGAAAUAUGCAUAUGCACGAAGCGGCUGGGACACCCAGCUACUCCGAGAUGAAGUACUUGAAGCCCCUUGGCGCGGCUUUUACCGGGCUGCACGCAACAGCCUUGGGCUCAGCCUCUCAAGAGACACAAGUGCGACCUGUCUGCCCCGUCCUGCCAGUUGGCACCUGGCCAUUACCGACCACAUGUCCUAUUGGUACAUCCAAUCCCAUCGACAAUGAGACCGUCCCAGUCCAAGACAAUCAGUGGUACAGAAGUGACAUCUGUCACGAGGUCGGCCAAGACGAGAUCUGCGCCUUCACUCAGCCCUCAUUCAACGCCGGCCAUGGCAUAGCCUUGGUCACCACGGCCCAACUGCUCCAGAAAAUGGUAUCACUGCCUAUCUUCACUGAUCCUGGACCGAAACAGCCUGCGUCGGAACAGCCCGUCAGUCUCGCCUACCGAGAUGAGCAAAUCCCAGGAAAGGGUGUUGGUCUCGUGGCAACAAGGCUUCUAAGAAGCAACGAGGCUCUCUUAAGUCGCAUGCCGAUAGUGAUGGUUGAUGACACGGCCUUCAAGCGCCUGGGACGAGCGCGCCUUACUGACCUGCUCACUCAAGCCAUCGGCGACUUGCCUCAGACCCAUCAAGCGGAAUAUCUCAAUCUGACCACGCACGAGGAGGUCAAAACCCAUGACGAAAGGGUGUAUGAGAUAUUCAUGAAGAAUGACUUCAUCACGCCGGUUGAAGGAAUUAUGGACUUUCAUUCUGUCUUCCCGGAAGUUUCCCGGCUGAACCACGCCUGCCGUCCCAAUUCCAAGUACACCUUUGACGCAUCCACGUUGUCUCAGUCGGUCUUUGCAGCCCGCAAAAUCGAGACAGGAGAGGAGCUUACCGUGACUUACUUUGACUCUGUCCAAACACGCUCGCGGCGACAGCUGCUCUCAAAGCACGGAUGGAGCUUCGAGUGCACAUGUGCGCAUUGCUCAGCCAGCGAGGAGACCAUCAAGGAGUCGGACGAAAGGGUCGAGGAAAUCCUCACGCUGCAAAAGGAUCUUGACGAUUACUCGCCAUCGUCGGCCGCAGCUCCUGAGAAAGCCGAGCUUCUCGUCAAUCUAUUCAAGGCGGAGGGCCUCGUCACCCGGAUGGUCGAGGCCUACUACCGGGCUGCCCUCGAGUACAACGGCAUCGGCAGCGCCGAAGAGGCUGUCAGGUUUGCAAAACUGUGUGUUGAGGAGGGAGAGGUUCUGGAAAGCUCGAUCCGUCCUUUCAUGAAUAAUAUGAGGGAAAUGAUACGGGGACCCUCGGACCAUUGGACGUGGAGGUUUCGCCUGAGCCAUAGAUGA